CGGGCCUCGCUGCGUGCGGACUGCACGGGGAGACCUGCGGCCUCCGAGCAGCGCUGACUGAAUGAACAUCUGCGACAAACCUCCUAAUAAGACAGCUCCAGAGAACUUGGGUGAAGCUGGUCCUAAGGUCCAACGUGCUCGAAGAAAUGGCUGGAGCUGGCCUCUGCACCCUUUCCAGAUCAUUACCUGGCUGCUGUACCUCUUCUUUGCACUGGUUGGCUUUGGAAUUCUGGUUCCUCUUCUGCCCCUCCACUGGCUGCCCGCUGGCUAUAUCUGUCCAGGAGUGUGUUUUAUCUACCAUUUAGUUGUUCAUCUUACUGCAGUCUCCAUUGAUCCUGCGGAUGCAAAAGUGCGAGAAAAAAACUAUCUAGGGCCUCUGGCCACCUUCAAUCGUAAUCAGCAUGCACAUGUCAUUGAAAACCAUCAUUGCCAUGUCUGUGAUGUAAAUGUGAGUGCCAAAUCGAAGCACUGUGGAUCUUGCAACAAGUGUGUGCGUGGCUUUGAUCACCACUGCAAAUGGCUCAACAACUGUGUGGGAGAGAGGAAUUACUGGUUCUUUUUGAACAGCGUGGUGUCUGCCAUCCUGGGCCUUGGGCUUCUGCUGCUCAUUGCUUUCUACAUCUUUGUUGAGUUCUUCCUUAACCCCACGAUGCUUCGUUCUGACCAUCACUAUGAAGGCCUGAAGAACCACACGGAUGUUUGGUUUGUGUUUCUGCCUGCUGUUCCUGUUGAGACUCGGGCACCUGCCAUUUUGUUCUCAGCUGGGACUUUCAUUCUUUUGAGCCUGGUGACUGUGAGCCUGCUAGGCCACCUCUUGACCUUUCACAUCUAUCUUAUGUGGAACAAACUGACUACAUACGAGUACAUCCUGCAGCAGCGUGCCCAGCAAGAGGCCAAAGAAGCAGACAAGCAGCUGGAUCCUUGUCCCUCCCAGGUGAUGCCCACUCAGGAAGCAGAUUUACUUUCAACUACUAACCCUGGCCAUACAAACCCUGGUGUUCAGGUAGAGGACUUCUCAGCAGCCAAUUCAGAGAAAUGCUUUUCAAAGCUCUACGCCCACACCAACGAAGCCGAUCCUGAAUGCAGCUCCUCUCCUGACCUCCCAUCUCUUCACUUUGCGGCCCCCGUGCAGAGACAGAAAAAAAGGAGGAAGAAGAUGUUAAGGACUUCUUCCUCAGUGAUGGAGAGCAGAUCUAAACCACAUGCUGGAACUUGGGCUUCUUUUCCAGGUCCCCAGUCAGAGCUUCCAGCCACAGCUGCUGCCACCCCCUCCUCCCCCAGCCCUCUCCUCCUGGUGCCCACCAUCCCCCUGCCUGCUGCAGUGCAGGCAGCAGCACCCCCAGCUGACUAUCACUCCGAGUCUGCCGAGUCCAUGGAUGAGAUCCCUGUGGCUCAGACUCACCUGGGCAGCACAGCCCUUCACGGCCCUUGUCAGAGCAGCUCAAGCAGUGCUCGGCGCUGCCCCCUGUCCACACCUGAUCCCAAACACUGCAAAGGGAAGAGUCUUUAUUCUGGGCACAAGGUGAAAAGGAAAAGCUGCCAGCGAGACAGAGGCGUGGAACGAGAUCUGGAACUUUUUUCUAAGACUCCUGCCGUGUUUGUAAGUAAGAGCAGUGGAGAACCUCGUGUCUCUCAGCCCCGAGCUGAUGGGAGCACAUCUGAGCCACAGCACAGAAAAUGCACCAGCAAACAGCAUCUGGGCAGGCGUGAUCCCUGCCUAAAGGACGUGAGGACAAACACCGCAGUGCCCGAGUGACCGUCCUUCCGAAGCUGCAGCCUUUGGGGGUGAAGCAAGAUGUUCUUUUUCUAUCUGUGUGCUGCUGUUCGAAGGUUUUUGCUCCAGCAAUUCAUUCUCUGGUGACUGCAGCGUCCCUGGGUGUGAUGCUGUCCAACUUCCAGCACGCUUAGCUGAGAGGCAGCAAAAGCCCUGCUGCAUCAUGUUCUGCAUUGCCAUCGUCUCUCAGGGUGAGGGAAAAUGGCCUUAAGUUGCACCAGGGUAAGUUUAGAUUGGAUAUCAGGAAAAACUUCUUUACAGAAAGGGUUGUU